GGGUGAGGGAAGGAAAGCACACGUCACCGCGCUGGGACGCGAUCGGUCGGCCGCGCGACUUCUAUGGCGUGCGGGCCACUCGCUGAUUCCGCUAAGCCCGGCGCAAUGGCUCCGGACUCUGGGCUCCCCACGGCAGAUUCGCUUUUGAAGCUGCUACCCACGGACACCAGGGACCGGGGGACGCAGCGCUGCCGCCUGGGCCCUUCUGCCCUCCGCGAACUGAGGGUCCGCCUGGGCGCCGCACUUAUAAUCACCCUGCCGGACGGCGGCUCCUGCAUCUGCACCGCUUGGCCCCGGCGCGACUUGUCCGAUGGCUUCGUGCAGCUUGACCCGGGGUGCGCGAGCCCCGGCGCGGCCACGGGGCCGUGGGGUGCAGGCCGAAGCAUCCGCUUGAGCAGCCUCCGCGCGGUGCCCUGCCCGCCUCUGCGGAGCGUCAUCGUGUGGCCGGUGCUGCGGGAGCCCCGGGCCCCGGGCGGGGCCUCGAGGCGAGCCUCGGUGCUGGAGGCGGCGCAGGAGCUGCUGCGAAACCGGCCGGUCGGGGUGCGCUCUGUGCUGACGGCUCCCCCGGGCGCCGCCGGCCCGGUGGCCGCAGUGCACGUGCUCGGGGGCGACCCCAGCCCGGAGCCCGCUGGGCUGGUCACGCCGCGCACCCGCGUCGAGUUGGGCGAGCCUCCGGUGCCCCCGACGCCGGAGCCACCCGUAGAGACGACGUUGGGCGGGCUGGCCGAGGCGGCCGCCGCGCUGCGGGAGCUCCUGCGCCUGCCGCACCUGCACGCCCGCGCCCUGGCGGCGCUCGGCUGCGCACUUCCCCGGGGGCUCCUGCUCGUCGGGCCGCCGGGCGUGGGCAAGACGCAGCUGGUGAGAGCCGUGGCCCGGGAGGCGCGUGCCCGGCUGCUGGCUGUGAGCGGCCCGGAGCUGCAGGGCUCGCGUCCCGGCGAGACGGAGGAGAACGUGCGCCGGGUGUUCGCGCGGGCCCGAGAACUGGCCCGCAGAGGGCCCGCCCUGCUCUUCAUCGACGAGCUGGAUGCGCUGUGUCCCCGGCGGGGCGGCUCGCGUGGAGCCCCCGAGAGCAGAGCCGUGGCCCAGGUGCUCACUCUGAUGGACGGCGUGGGCAGCGAGCGUCGCGUGCUCCUGGUGGCCGCCACCAACCGGCCGGACGCCCUGGACCCCGCGCUGCGCAGGCCCGGCCGGCUGGACCGCGAGAUCAUCAUUGGGACACCCACAGUGAUGCAAAGGAAGGAUAUACUUCGAGUAAUAACUUCAAAGAUGCCUGUCUCCACUAAUGUGGAUCUAUUCACUUGGCAGAAUUUGAUCUACAACUUGGCAGAAAUGACAACUGGCUAUGUAGGAGCUGAUCUGACAGCACUCUGCAGAGAGGCUGCCAUGCAGGCAAUGCAUCACACUGGUAAGAAUUCUGAAAAUCCUGUGAUUGAUACAACAGAUUUCUUUGAAGCCUUUAAAAAGAUUCAGCCUUCUUCCUUUCGAAGUUUCAUUGGACUAACAGACAUUAAACCUGUUAGCUGGGAACAGAUUGGUGGCCUUGAAGAUGUGAAGUUAAAAUUAAAGCAGAGUGUUGAAUGGCCUUUGAAAUUCCCUCGGGAAUUUGCGAGGAUGGGCCUGAAACCACCUAAAGGUAUUCUCCUUUAUGGACCCCCAGGAUGUGCAAAAACCUCGCUAGUUCGGGCUGCUGCCACUAGCUGUCAUUGCUCUUUUGCUUCUGUAAGUGCGGCGGAUCUCUUCUCACCUUUCGUUGGAGAUUCAGAAAAAGUCUUGGCCCAGGUUUUUCGACAAGCAAGAGCUAAUACUCCAGCAAUUGUAUUUUUGGAUGAAAUUGAUUCAAUGUUGGGAUCUCGAUCCACCAGCAAAACUGAAAAUGGUAUUCAGGAGAGAGUUCUUUCUGUCCUCCUCAAUGAGCUGGAUGGUGUUGGACUCAAGACAAUAGAAAGAAGAGGAAAUAAAUUGAGGUUACAGGAUGACUGUGAAGAGCAGAGAGAAGAUGAAGAGGAGCUAGAGUUUCAAGAAGUUUUUAAUCAAAAUGUCAUGAUAAUUGCUGCAACAAACCGACCAGAUGUAUUAGAUGAUGCUUUGUUACGACCUGGAAGACUAGACAGACUUAUUUAUAUUCCACCUCCAGAUCAGAAGGACAGACUCUCUAUUUUGAAAAUCUGCACUAAAAAUACACCUCUAGAUUCUGAUGUAUCUUUAGAAAACUUAGCAGCAAAAACCAGUUUUUUCUCUGGAGCUGACCUUGGAAAUCUCUGCAAGGAAGCUGCUUUGCUGGCUCUAGAAGAAAAUGGCCUAGAAGCAAGCACAGUAAGUCAGGAGCACUCUGAAGUCACUAAGACUAUAAAACCAUCCUUAUGCCAUCAAGAUUUGACUCUUUGUGAAGGAUUUCAAAAGCAAGAAUUCUCCGGUUUCGAGAAUCUUUAGAUUACUUUUAUGGUCUUUUCCAUGAAUAAACUAGAAUAUGUGGGUUUUUUUUUUCCUACAUUUCAGGCAGCUUUGUUCUGUUUAUGGGUUUGGAGAGGAUGGGGACUUCUGGGAUCACCAGCUGUGUGUACAGAGGGCUCUUGAUAAAACGUCAUCUUGCUCCAGUGGUUAUUUCACUCCACCCACUCCACAAACUGUUGAAUUAGGUCAUGGUGCCAGGAAAAGACACAGAAUGGGGCCUAAAUUAAAAUAACUACCUGUGCCUGUCAAUGUGGACAAGUCACCAAACCUCAGUGGAAGUCAUUGUCCUCAUCUACCAAACUGGGAGUUGGCUUGCAUGACCUGAGCACCCUUCCAUUUCCUUUAGACCUAGUGCCCCUGUUGUCAUGCUGCAUGACCACGUCAGCCACUUUCUACCACCAGCUAACCCCAAGCCCAAUACUAGCUUGUGUCAUCCCAUUUUGGAGGGAGUGGCAACUUCUAGAAGGAGCAAAGCCCAGCUAUUGCCUUCUGUCAUCGUGUUAGGAAGAAAGGGAUGUCAGCUGGAAUUGGACUCAGUGGAAAUACCCAACCUCUUGUGGUUGCUCUGAGAAGGCUGGACAAGAGUAAAUAAAGCACUAUUGACAGAUACAGGUCAUAAGCAUCGGUGUCCCCAUAUGCCGUACAUUCAGUGCUCCACUCUUUCUCCUUAGGAGAAGUAAAUGGUGACUUGGGGCUGGCACAUACUGUUUCUAGGAAUGUACCUGAAUGGUCGAAAGUCCAAAUAGUUCAAAACAAAAAAGGUAAUUUUCAUGAAGAUUAAAUAUUGUAAGAUUAGCUCUUAAGUUUUCUUAAUACUAUCAAGUAAAUUAUUCUUAUAGAGUAGCACCUUACUAAGUUUUAUGGAUUAGUUGGACCAGUCCACAGCACUAGAGCUAUAUACAUCUUUCGCAUACUAAGAAAAGGAAUAAGAUAUAUCUUAAGAGCUGUUUCAUAGAGUGCUUAGCCUAAGCAUUUCCAGUCCCUCUUGCCCCCACUCCCAGUCUUUCAGGCCAGUUCCCCAAGUGGAAGUUAUGGAUCCAAGGCUCCUUUUUUAGAGCAAAGAAACACUGGGAGAAAGGGUGCCAUAUCUUGUCCUCUUUCCAGCCCAUCAACUCAUGUGGCUUCCAGAAGCUGUUAAUCCAGACAGCCUGAAAUCAUCUCUGCUUUAGAGCUGAAGUACCCUGGUUAUGCCAACUCCCCAUAAUGUAGGAUGGCAGCUUGCCUCUUCAGGUCUGGGCUUACCUCAUGCUAACCCUGUCACAUCCACAAUCUUGAACUGGCUGCCAUAGUGUCCAUGCCCUAAAAUGCCAAUUGAUCAAAGCAGAAGUAUUUAAGUGCCUAUUAGGUGCCUGGCACUGUGCUAGACUCUAGGAAUAAAAAGGGGGAAAAACACCAAUGAAAGAGAAAGGCGUGUAAGUAACCAGGUACAUAAAAGACAUAUACAGAGUAGAUGGAAGGCAUUAGUAUUUAAGGGUAUUGGAAAAAUAUUCCUGCACCUCAGUCAAUACAUAAUUGAAACAGAUUAUUAGCUAAAAUUAAUAAAACAUGAAAAAUGAGGCAGAGUGUCUAGUUCAUAGGGGACAGCUGGUGGAAAGGUACAUUCAUGGGAGAUUGAGUAUUGUGUAUUAGGAAAUGCAAGUGGCCCGGCGUAGCUAGAUCAAAGAAUGCUAGGAAGGGAGUAAGAUAGAAGAUUGGAAAGGUAAAAAGGGGUUAGGUUAUAAAGAGCUUUAAUGUCCAACAGAAGACUACAUUUGAUCUGGGAGAUGAGACAUCGAAGCCUGUUUAGUAAGGGGAGUUAAAAUCACCUGGAUAGCGAAGUGGAGAAGAGGGAGAGGAAAGAGAACUUAUACUGGUUAGAAGGCUAUUGCAGUAGUACAGGUGGUGGCUGUGUAUAGGGAGGUAGUUGUGAAUGUAGAAACUAGAUUUGGCAACAAUUUGGAUAUGUGAGGUGAGUGAGUGUGGGGUCAAAGAUGAUACUGAUAUUCUAAGGCUUGGUAAUGUAGUAAGUAGCAUAAUGCCUUUGACAUUAAUAAGCAACUUUCUAAAAUAUACAUACAAGUUUCACUCAGAGGGGAGAGAAAGGAGGGAGUUCUAUCUCAUUAUUAGAUAUUUGUAACUGAAUUCCAACUUGACUACUUUCAAUUCAGUAUUUGAAAUUCCUUUAAUUAGAUUAGUCUGUCAGCAUAUUUUAUGUAAAUUAAUGUUGCUGAAGUGGUUUUAUAGUAUUUAAGAACUGUUUGUCUCUACAGUUAAGUAAAAUAUACCUCUCCUUAGAAUUUUCCUCAUGUUCCAAUUACCAAUAACUGAAUUGGUGAGAUACGAAUGAAUUAGGUUUUACUAUCAUUAAAUUCAGAUAUUUACUUAAUGGUUCUUAAGUAAUAUUGUGCAAUAUGGUGUUUUAAAACCAAAAAGAAAGAAAAAAAGUUUAGCAGUAACAACCAAUAAACCAACCAUGUAUAACAAUA